AUGCCGGUCCUUCCUCCUCCCAGCUCGCUGGAUAUUCUUGUCGGCCGGACCGUCGCCAACGCUUCCGAUCCCGAACCCCUUCAGGUUGUGUGUAGCUGGCCGCUAAGCGGACAAUAUGGUGGGGGUUCUCGAAUAUUGUAUUACGUCUUGGUGGCCGCCUGUGUUCUCGCCCGGAAAACAGAAUGGCUGCGGAACGCUUGUUUGGCAGCUGCCCUGAUUUUUCCGGCUACUGCAGCUAUUCACGCCAUCGUGCUCGCGUCGCUACAUACGGAUGACGCCAUUGAUAUGGACAUCUACGGGGCCCUCCAAAUGUGCUCCAUUGGCAUUCUGACAGCCCCCGCCACCGUCCGUUUAUCUCGAACGUAUUUCAACAACCCCGGGCGCAAUGUUCUCUUCGUAUGGACCGUUUUGGUCGUAGCUGGUCUGUUGGCCCUGACCGUCGAGUUUUUCCGCACUGAAGCGAAAGAUUGCAGGGAUAGCACGGGGAGGCCAGUCUACCAUCUGGACAACUUCCCCGGCGACACAAAGCAGAACUGCAGCCUGGUUUGCGAGGAGGGGAAUCCCUUCUCCCCCAUGAGAACUGGGUCGGCCGACAACAUCAACUUAGUUCCAAAACCAUACUACCUCACGUUUGGGGCUGCUACCCUCGUCGCCGCUGCCUCCUGCGUGCCCGGCAUCCUAUCUAUGGUGUCGAUCUGGAACAAGAUAGCGAAACUCAACUGGAGCAAGCAAUUUGGCACGCCUGAUGUCGACGAGGUCAUCGAAGGAACCAACGGUGCCACUCCAAGAGGCAUGAAAACUGUCAAUGAUGUGAUCAGACGGCUGCUCAGCGUUGUUGAGAUCCCGGUGGUAUGUGCUAUUCCGUCCUUAUUUGCUGAAGAAGACUAG